UCAUUGUGUCUGCAUGUGAGUUUGUAUGAAUGAGCGAGUGUCAGAGAGAGAAAGGCAACUGUCUGAGACCACGAAUGUUGUUUAUGUGUUUGUGAGAGAGUGAGAUAGACGGAAAUAGUGACAGAGGGAGUGGAGACAGUGAAGGAAGGAGAGCGGUGGCUCUAUUUGUCUCCUUUGUUUUGUAAUGACACUGUGCUGUGCAGAGGAAAGGAAACACAGAUCGGCUGUCAGUCCCAGCGCACAUUACAGAGGGAACGGCUAAACAAUUCACUGGAAACACACACACAUGCACGUUUGCACCUGUUGAGCUCAAUCCACUUCACGAACAGCAGUCAUGUUCGUCUCCACAGCUGUGUGAGAGUGUGCCCGCAUCUAUUAGGGGUCUUCACUUCUUCUAAGGAGAGAGAUGUCAUCGCUGUAUUCACGCAACAAGGACCUGUCCUCUCGCUCCAGAAAGUCCCUGUCGGACUCUCCACCCUCAUCCCCGUCACCCAGCACUAAAACCUUCAGACAAGACCGGGCGUCAAGCAGGUCAGACUCAAGUGGUGUGGAGGCCUUGUCAGAUAGACUGACACCUCGGACCAGCACCUACACACGACGAGAGAACAGACUCGCCUCUUUAAACAAAACGGAGGAUGACUCUGCCAGCAAGGACUACAAGAAGCUGUAUGAGGAUGCACUGGCCGAGAAUGAGAAGCUAAAGUCUCGACUGGAGGACAGCAAGCAGGAACUUUCCAAAAUCCGCUCACAGCUUGACAGAGUAACACAAAAGCAGGACAGAAUAUCAGAGAGGUCCACUGUAUUUGAAUCAGAGAAAAGGGAAAAGGCAGCAUUGGAGAAGCGAGUUUCAGACAUGGAGGAAGAAUUAAAGACACCCCCAGUGAGGUUUCGCUACCAGCCCUGAUUUGAUCUUUAGCUGGAGAAGUUGAAGGGGGAUAGAUGGUUUUGACAGAACUCAAGUCUGAUAACCAGCGACUGAAAGAUGAGAAUGGAGCCUUAAUUAGAGUCAUCAGCAAACUCUCCAAGUGAGGAAGUACAUGAAGCAAAGAAAAAACACUUGGGUUAACACUGAACAGAGAGAGACCAAAUGGGAGAAACCUCAGAACUUCAAGUUUCACAAUGUUCCUCUAUAUAUACCAACCUGACCAGUAUCAUACUUGAUAAUGGGUUUUUGUUAGUUCUCUUGCGUAUCAUUUCUAAGGUUAAGAUGUCUUCACAAAACCAGAGAUUUACCCUGCUGGAAAAUCCAGCUAAAACCUGCUUAAAGUGGUACCUGGGUUUACAUGGUUUUCGACUUGUUAAAGCUGGUCUUCUUAGGUGAUUGACCAGUUGAGUUGGGGCUGAACUGGUAGACCAUCUUCAUCAAGUUGGUGAGAGCUGAUAGACCAUAGAUAGAUAGAUCUUAGGUGAAGCUAGUGGAGAGCUGGUUGAGCCGGUUAACUAUGUUUCAAAACACAGCUUGAACUGGUUGACCAGCAUAACCACCUGUUGGUAUGACCUGUUUUUUUUUUUCCAGCAGGGUACUUCAAUACAAGUGUCACUGCAGCCACAGUGUUGGUUUCAAGGAAGUGCCACAACUAUGUCAAAUAAAUUAAACAUGUUUUUCCAUAUUAGUCCUUUCAAAACUCUGAAUGUUUCACCAUAGUAGGAAGCUUUCUAAACCAUGUUGAAAAGACCAGCAUAGAAUGUUUAUGCUGGUAUUGGCUCAUUUAAGCAGGUUUUGGUGCCAGUCUAUCCGGUGGACCAGCUUAGUCAUGCUGUUCACUAGCAAAACUUAGCUUGGACUGACUGGUGAAGCUGGUUUACCAAGGAAGUCUUGCUGGUUUUGCUACUUCAGAAGCCUGUUGGGGACACACCAGCAUCCAAAACACCACAUAACUGUAUGCUGGGGAUCAACUGUGCCGGUCUUUUCAGAAGGCAAGAGCUAAACAAACUGCCAUUCUUUUAUAUAGUAUAUGAUUACACACAAUCCAACCCAAUUGUCCUAAAGCAGUCAGGUGUCCUAAAUUGGUCCACUUUUCAGAAUCUCUGCCAAUUCAUUGUUAAAUGGAAUUUUCCCACUGAGAAAUGAUGUCACUCUUCUUAUAAUCUACUUUCUGUGCAUGUCAACCCAUUUUUCCAAUACUUUUUUGUUCUCUCUACUUUUUUAAUAAUAGUGUUUACUACAUGUAAUGAGGUUGAAGAAUUGUUAUAUAGCACCUUUGUUGAAUGUGUUUUAUAUUUAUUUAUGCUUUUUGGAUAUUAUUUCAGAGUGUAUAUGAACAAAACAAAAACACAUCACUAGUAUUGUUUUUAUUUUUAUUUUUUUUAUCUCAAACACCGUCAUUUUUAACCUGUAAUCUUGAACCAAUGCUCACAGCACUUUGUUUAUGAUUGUGUUAACUGUUUGCCUAUUAUGAUUAUUAAUUAAAGAAACAACACACCGCAAAAUGCUAAGAAAAUAUUGUCACAUGACUUAUGUGUGGUG